AUUAUUAUUAGAAAAUACUAUUUGAGUAUGAAAUAAUAUUUAUACUUAAAAUGAUAUCUAAAAUAAAUUUAAAUAGCCAGAUAAAUAUAUAAACUAACUACAUAAUUAUUCAUUUGUUGUUUUGUUUUACACUGUUUACAUAAACAUCAAUAAUGCCUAGUCCGUAUGAAGAAGAACGUGUUUGGGAAGGAUCUAAUCAGUAUGAAGAUGAAGGAACCGAAGAUGUUAUUGAUAAUCCAGAAGAAGUUCUACAGGAAUGCCUUGAAAAGUUCAAAACUCCUGACUAUAUCAUGGAACCUGGUAUAUUUGGUCAAUUAAAGAGAUACUUUCAAGCUGGAGGCAACCCAGAACAAGUCAUUGAACAACUGUCAAUAAACUAUAAUGCUGUUGCACAGAUGGCUAAUUUGCUUGCUGAAUGGCUCAUUUUAGGAGGAGUUAAAGUAACGGAAGUUCAGGCCAUGGUUGAAAAUCAUUUGAAGGAUAUGAUUUUAAAAACAUUUGAUCCUAAAAAAGCAGAUACAAUUUUCACAGAAGAAGGUGAAACACCAGCUUGGCUUACAGAAAUGAUUGAACAUCCAACAUGGAGAUCCUUAAUUUACAGAUUAGCUGAAGAAUACCCUGACUGCCUUAUGUUAAAUUUUACCAUAAAGUUAAUAUCUGAUGCUGGUUUUCAAGGAGAAAUCACAAGUAUAUCAACUGCAGCUCAACAAAUUGAAGUAUUUUCUCGUGUUUUAAAAUCAGCAAUUGUUGGAUUUUUACAAAGCUCAGAUGAUUGGCAGAAUAGUGUCACCGAAUGUGCUAAAAUGGUAUGUCACGGGGCUCAUACUUAUGUGUAUAGCCAAGUCAUAGUCCAUAUACUGUCACAAGAACCCAGAGGUGGAGCAAUUAUGAAAAGGCUUAGUCAGGAAAUAACUCGAUGUGCACAACAGAGUGGGCAUGACGUAACACCGAUCACACUGGCGCUGACGCCCGGCGAGUCGUGGCGCAGCGCGCGCACGGCGCUGGCCGCCAUGUUGUCGCGGGGCGCCUUGAACCCGGCUGACAUUUCGGUACUGUUUCGGGCUUACACACAGCCCGAGCCACCCCCGGUUCACUUGUUAAGGAUACCUCAUUUUCUAGAACUUCUCGUGGACUCCUUGUUUAAAUUAGGAAGCAAACUGAAUCCUGAACACAAAUCAAAAUACAUGUACUUACUGGCGUACGCGGCCAGCGUGUGCGAGGGCGUGACCCCCGGCCGACCCGUCAAAGACGAGCUGAAGGCGACCGUGCAAGCUAUCGAGAAAAUCCACGCUGUGUGUAGCAGCUCGGCCAGCUCGAGUGAACUGAUAUCAGAGCUGCCUUCCCUCUAUCAUUGCAUAAGGUUUCCAGUAGUUGGUAUGGGUGUGCUCGUGUGGGUGGAAUGUGUUGUGACAGAAAAGUCAUAUUUCAAACUAUGUACUGAACAUUGCCCUGUUCACUUGGCACUGCUGGACGAAGUUGCCUCUUGUCACCCGCUGCUUCAUCACAGGCUACUUAAAUUAUUAGUACAACUUUUUGAAUCUCCACAAGACGAAUUAGAGAUUUUAGUUCAGUUGGAGUUGAAAAAAAUGCUUUUAGAUCGCAUGGUUAACUUACUGAGUCGUGGAUGUGUCGUGCCGGUCCUACAGUACAUCAAGCAUUGUUGGCAACGUGGAGACACAGACAUUUCACUUAUAAGAUAUUUUAUAACAGAGGUACUUGAUGCAAUAGCACCACCCUACACACCAGAGUUCGUCCAAUUAGUUCUACCCAUGGUUGAAAAUGAAGAGAUAACAGGAACUAUGAGAGCAGAAGGUGAAAAUGAUCCCGUAUCGGAAUUUAUAGUUCACUGCAAAGCACAUUACGUUGUUGUGUGAUAUGAAGAAGACUUAUAUUUUUUAAAUCAACAACUCUGCUAUUUCGAAAUUAAACAAA